AUGAGUGACGAUGAGGAGCAACAAUCGGGUAACAAGCCGUUGCGCUUGCCCAAGAAAGCUGCCAAAGUCAAAAACAAGGCUCCCGCUCAGCUACAAAUCACUGCUGAACAGCUUCUUCGAGAAGCCAAGGAAAGAGAACUUGAGUUGAUCCCGCUACCUCCUAAGACCAAAAUCACUGAUCCAGAUGAGUUGUUGGAGUUUCAAAGGAGGAAAAGGAAGGAAUUUGAAGAUGGAAUCAGGAAAAAUAGAAUGCAAAUUGCAAAUUGGAUCAAAUAUGGAAAAUGGGAAGAGUCCAUAGGUGAAAUACAGCGGUCCCGAUCAGUUUUUGAGCGUGCCUUGGAUGUGGAUCAUCGCUCAAUCACAAUUUGGUUGCAGUAUGCUGAAAUGGAAAUGAGGUAUGCCACUCAGUAUUACUAUGCUCGGUUUGAUUGGAGCAAACAGAUCAAUCAUGCCAGAAAUAUAUUUGACCGUGCCGUCACAAUCUUGCCCAGAGCUAUGCAGUUUUGGUUGAAAUACUCAUAUAUGGAGGAAGUCAUCGAAAAUGUGCCUGGUGCAAGACAGGUCAGAGAAUUUCGCAACUCGAGCUGCUUUUUCUAG